UGCUUACGUCUGGGACAGCAGUUCCGCAUUCCACAGCCCUCACAGGCGAGCUUGGUACUUAAACGGGCUGAUGCAACGACCUCAGCUAGUCCCCAAAACCUACAUCCGACUCCCGACUCCCGCACCGUCCCAUUGUUAUUACCGCGGAUUUUGGACGCACAACAGCGUCCAAAACACAGUUGCAUCAUUGACAGAAGACGACUGACAAGUUCUCUCUGACGGCGGUGGUCGCCGGGUCGGACAUGAUGCCGGGACAGAUACCUGACCCUUCGCUGGCGGCGGGCUCCCUGCCCAGCCUGGGCCCGCUGGCGGGCAUCUCGGCCACCACACUCACCGAUCAACUCAAGCUGGCCGACUUCCGCCAGCUGGGCUCCAUGCUGUCCCCGCUACAUUUCCUGGGGAGGCUGGGGAAGAGGCCGCUGGCCAUCAAGACAGAGAUGGAUGAAGAUGAGGAAAGAAGAAAACGGAGACGUGAGAAAAAUAAAGUAGCAGCAGCACGGUGCCGAAACAAAAAGAAGGAACGGACUGACUUCCUUCAGAGGGAAUCAGAGCGUCUGGAGAUGGUGAACUCAGAGCUGAAGGCCCAGAUCGAGGAGCUCCGUCUAGAGAGGCAACAGCUAAUGGUGAUGCUCAACCUCCAUCGGCCCACCUGCAUUGUGAGGACCGACAGCGUCAAAACACCUGAGAGUGAGGCCAACCCCCUGCUGGAACAGCUGUCCACUGACACCAAAUGAAACCAGGAAACCAGGGAUGCACAAUCCCUGAAGCCCAACCUAGCAGCACCGUGGCAGCCAUUAAAAUGAAAAUAUAACUGGCAAUACAUUUCUAAAUAAGCACUUGAGCUCCAAGCUGGAGACUUUUGGAGACUCUGCCCAAGGACCCGAGGUUGUAGGGCAUCCUCAGUACCGAUAAAUGAGCUGGCUCUGUCCAUUGGAAGACUGGAAAUAACCAGUUUCAUCUCUGCGUUAAGAGUUGCUGUCCACACUUAAUGCGCUGUGCCUACUUGUUACUUCAACCAUCUCUACAUAAAGGGACCAAUGGAAACCGUAGAGUACAACCGGAAACAACACUGAGGAAACACACUAAUAUCAAUAUGGUGCUCUGUUACAAAAGCCCUGAGUAAACUGUGUGGCAUUGUUUCAGUGCAGAGGCCCACAAAGGCUUAGUGUUCUGCAUUUUUCCUUUGUAUGCUAGCUGAAAUAUACAGGUGUAGAGUUUUUAGGAUACAAUAUUCAAUACAAGUACACCACACGGAGUAGAGUUUUUUUGUUUUUGUAAUAUUGAUUUCUAUACCCUGCCUUGACGAUGGCAGAUACCGGUUGAUCCGAUUUGUGGUGACGCUGGCGUCAUGAAAAGCACAUAUACACAAAAUGUUUACACCCUUGUUUUUUGGACUUGUUGUCUGUCCGUUAUUGUACUUGUUUUAUACUGCUUUGUAUACAUAAACAUAUAUGAAAUGCUUGUUAAUCACUUGAUGUGAUUUGUCUUUUCAACCUUUCCAGUCUGUCUCUGUCAUGUUGCGCUGUCAAACAGCUGUGAAAACAAGCAGAAAUCUUUUCAGCUGAGCAGCAUUUCAAUGUCUGUUCUGGACCUGUAUCUGCUAUGUAUGACUCUGUUACCCUGAAUAGAUUAAAUUUUAUUUUCUAACUACAAGAAA